UUCAUAGCCAAUCAGGAGACAGGGUUAGGCUAUAAAUUGCGCACAGCAAGAGCUGGGCGCUUAUUGCUCUGUGCCUGGCCUGGAGAGAGGUUGGUAACGUGCAGCACCGAGGAUGGCUCGUACUAAGCAGACAGCUCGUAAGUCCACCGGCGGGAAAGCGCCCCGCAAGCAGCUCGCCACUAAGGCUGCCCGGAAAAGCGCCCCCGCCACGGGUGGGGUGAAGAAGCCCCAUCGCUACCGCCCCGGAACCGUGGCCCUGCGGGAAAUCCGCCGCUACCAGAAAUCCACCGAGCUGCUGAUCCGCAAGCUGCCCUUCCAGCGCCUGGUGCGGGAGAUCGCCCAGGACUUCAAGACGGAUCUGCGCUUCCAGAGCUCGGCCGUCAUGGCCCUGCAGGAGGCGAGCGAGGCUUACCUGGUGGGGCUCUUCGAGGACACCAACCUUAUUGUAUUGUUUAAGUUUGUUGUUCGUAAUUUUGUGGCUAUGUCAGGUCGUGGGAAAGGCGGGAAAGGGUUGGGGAAAGGUGGUGCUAAGAGGCAUCGUAAAGUAUUGAGGGAUAAUAUUCAGGGUAUUACGAAGCCAGCAAUCCGUCGCUUGGCUCGCCGCGGCGGGGUGAAGCGCAUCUCUGGGCUGAUCUAUGAAGAGACCCGCGGGGUGCUGAAGGUUUUCCUGGAGAACGUCAUCCGCGAUGCGGUGACCUACACCGAGCACGCCAAGCGGAAGACGGUGACGGCCAUGGAUGUUGUGUACGCCCUGAAACGCCAGGGCCGCACCCUGUACGGCUUCGGGGGCUGAUUCAGUAUUCCCAUGCGUGAAACGCAUUUAGU